GGAUGCACUUUGUGCAUUUGAUGCGCGAGAAUUAUGCAUACAUGUCGAAGAGAGAGUAAGAGAAAAAUAAAAAAUUUAGAAGUACAAGCAAAAUAACGAGAGUCGUUUUCGAUCGCACUUCUGCAUAUUCUUUCCAUUCUUUUUUUUUCUUGUCAAUAACCUCGAAAUAUGUUCACUUUACUAUAAGUGCAGGAAGUGCACGUUAAAAAGUACAGUUGUGUACAACGUGUUUGUCGCAUUGCAUACGUAAAGCCAUUCUCAGCCAUUUUUUGGACUCGUUUGAGAGCGACUCUGUACAGUAGGUCCUUAGAAGCGUGUUAUUUCGUUUUUCCACGUGUAAUUCGCGAAUAAUUAAAUCGCAUAUCGCCGAUUACGGAUAGGAUAUAAAAUGACAGAAGACAAAACGGAAUUCGACUGGGGGAACGAAAAGCUACAACGUGCUCAGAAGACCGUCGAGAAGUCAUCAUACGACCUGGAAGCAUGGAGUAUUCUUAUACGAGAAGCACAGAACAGGCCUAUCACAGAAGUAAGACCGGUGUUCGAGAAACUUGUUUCCGUAUUCCCGUCGGCUGGACGUUAUUGGAAAAUUUACAUUGAGCAAGAGAUGAAAAUGCGGAACUUUGAAAAGGUGGAAAAGCUUUUCCAAAGGUGCCUCAUGAAAAUAUUAAAUAUUGAAUUGUGGAAACUAUACCUUUCUUAUGUCAAAGAAACAAAAGCGAGUCUAGCUACUUAUAAGGAGAAAAUGGCACAAGCGUACGACUUCGCAUUAGACAAAAUUGGAAUGGACAUACAUUCCUACAGCAUUUGGAACGAUUAUGUUAUGUUCCUGAAGAGCGUGGACGCGGUCGGAUCAUACGCCGAGAACCAAAAAAUCAGCGCCGUACGAAAGGUUUAUCAACGUGGUGUGAUCAACCCUAUGAUAAACAUGGAGCAGUUGUGGAAAGACUACAUGUCGUUCGAGCAGAACAUCAAUCCAAUAAUCGCGGAGAAAAUGGCGAUCGAGAGAUCACGAGAUUACAUGAACGCUAGGCGCGUAGCGAAGGAAUUGGAAGCGGUCACGAGAGGACUGAAUAGAAGCGCACCCAGCAUCCCUCCAACUGGUCAUCCCGAGGAAGUAAAGCAGGUCGAGUUAUGGAAAAAAUACAUCGCAUGGGAACGUAGUAAUCCUCUCAGAACAGAAGACACCUCGCUCGUGGCGCGAAGAGUUAUGUUCGCGAUCGAGCAGUGUCUUCUUUGUCUGGGUCAUCAUCCCGCGGUGUGGCAUCAGGCGGCGCAUUUCUUAGAACUUAGCUCCAAAAUAUUGACGGAGAAGGGGGACGUAAAUGCUUCCAAAAAUCUUAGUGACGAGGCUGCAACCAUGUUCGAGAGGGCUACGAAUACGCUAUUGUCGAAGAAUAUGUUGUUAUACUUUGCGCACGCGGAUUUUGAAGAGGGUAGAGUCAAGUACGAGAAAGUACAUCAGAUCUAUCAGAAAUUCCUCGAUAUUCCCGACAUAGAUCCCACUCUGGCGUAUGUGCAAUACAUGAAAUUCGCGAGAAGAGCGGAAGGUAUCAAAUCCGCGAGGACAGUGUUCAAGCGAGCGCGAGAAGACGCAAGAUGCAAACAUCAUGUUUAUGUAGCUGCCGCUUUGAUGGAAUAUUAUUGCACUAAAGACAAAAAUAUAGCAUUCCGUAUUUUUGAGUUAGGUUUAAAAAAAUUCGGCGAUAAUCCUGAUUAUAUUCUCUGUUACAUCGAUUACUUGUCUCACCUGAACGAGGAUAACAAUACGAGAGUCUUGUUUGAGCGAGUAUUAUCUUCCGGCAGUUUAGAGCCGGAAAAAUCAGUGGACAUAUGGAAUCGCUUUCUAGAAUUUGAGUCAAACAUUGGGGAUCUGGCGAGCAUCGUGAAGGUGGAAAAGAGACGCAGCGCAGUAUUAGAAAAGAUCAAGGAAUUUGAAGGUAAAGAGACCGCUCAGCUAGUGGAUAGAUAUAAAUUUUUGGAUUUAUAUCCAUGCACUCCGAUGGAACUGAGAUCGAUAGGAUACAUGGAAGUAUCUAACGUCGCCAGAAACUCAAUAGGCGCUUUACCUCGCGUACCCGACCCGGAAGAAGCGAUUGCGUCUUUGCCUCGACCCGAUUUGUCGCAAAUGAUUCCGUACAAGCCGAAGGUGAACGCUCUGCCUGGUGAACACCCGGUGCCGGGUGGUUCGUUUCCAUUGCCACCAGCUGCGGCUCAAUUGUGCACAAUGUUGCCGCCACCCGGUUGCUUCAGGGGCCCGUUUGUCGCUGUUGAAUUACUUACAGAUGUUUUCAGUAGAAUCCAAUUACCCGACCACGCUCCGUUGCCGGUAGCGGAUAACGGAUGUGACACGAAGCUGUUCGACCUCGCGAAAUCUGUGCAUUGGAUCGUCGACGAGAGCAACGACGGCGUGAGCACGGGACCGAAGCGUAGACGUACGCGCUUGGGCGGCGACGAUAGCGAGGAAGAAGAUUUACCGCCUCCGCCAGCGAACGAUAUUUACCGCCAAAGACAACAGAAGCGAGUGAAGUGA